CUUCGACGUGAAAAACCUCAACCACCCGAAAAACCGCAAGGACUGGCUCAACGUGCAAUGGCAUGGAGCCAAUAUAGUCAACCCGGUCCUUCGCAGGAGACACCACAAUCAUCGAGACGAGAGUCCUCUACAAGUUUAGAGCAAACAAAUCGAAUUUCUAUUGAGAUACCGGAGGUUACCAGCACAUGUAGUACACCGUCAACAAGCAGGAAUUCUCGUCCACGACUUGCUCCACCUCCACCACCACCACCAAAAAAGCCGGCUAGACUUAUCCCACGUGAGCAACCCGUUGAGGAUAAUAAAACCAGAAUAGAUAUUGAUCCUUCGUCAAACGACAUCUAUCAGCAAUUACCUUCCCCAGAGCAGAAAUCUCCUAGGUUACCAUCACCUAUGGCUCCAGUAUCCGAUGAAAGGACCAUGCCCAGACGUCAGAUCUAUUGUAGAACAGCAAAACGCGUUCACAUCUUGUGUCUGCGUGCAUUGUAA